AUGGAACCAGUUCGAGGCAGGCUGCUUGCUGAUUCUGGAGCUCACUUCACUUCCAGUCUUUCUCCAGCAGCACUGGGGUCGAUUGUGCAUUUGAUAUCAUCAGACUGGCCGCAGGGACAAGACGUCCAUGAGUCGACCGGGGUGGCCAGCUCAUUUUUGGCCGACAUCCCGAUCAGCAGACAACGGAACCCCAGUCAAUCAAAAAGGCCCCAAGGAACCCUGUCAAAGCCCAGCUCCUUUCCCGAAAGGGGCCCUCCGCCAAGCACUCUCAAGACGACGACGUCCCCUCAGCGAGUCGACACCUGUGCGGCCAAACUCUAA